GCCGCCGCCGCCGCCGCCGCCGCCGCUGCCGCUCCGACCAUGUCGGCGGCCAAGGAGAACCCGUGUCGGAAAUUCCAGGCCAACAUCUUCAACAAGAGCAAGUGUCAGAACUGCUUCAAACCCCGCGAGUCGCAUCUGCUCAACGACGAGGACCUGACGCAGGCAAAACCCAUUUAUGGUGGCUGGUUGCUUCUGGCUCCAGAUGGGACCGACUUUGACAACCCAGUGCACCGGUCUCGGAAAUGGCAGCGACGGUUCUUCAUCCUUUAUGAGCACGGCCUCCUGCGCUAUGCCCUGGAUGAGAUGCCUACCACCCUUCCUCAGGGCACCAUCAACAUGAACCAGUGCACAGAUGUGGUGGAUGGGGAGAGCCGCAGUGGGCAAAAAUUCUCCCUCUGCAUCCUGACACCCGACAAGGAGCAUUUCAUCCGGGCAGAGACCAAGGAGAUCAUUAGUGGGUGGCUAGAGAUGCUCCUGGUGUAUCCAAGGACCAACAAGCAGAAUCAGAAGAAGAAACGGAAAGUAGAGCCACCAACCCCACAGGAGCCUGGGCCUGCCAAGGUGGCCGUAACUAGCAGUAGCAGCAGCAGCAGCAUCCCCAGUGCAGAGAAAGUCCCUACCACCAAGUCCACACUCUGGCAGGAAGAAAUGAGAACCAAGGACCAGCCUGAUGGAAAUAGCCUGGGUCCAACUCAAAGCCCCAGCCAAACCCAGCCUCCUGCUGCUGCCUCCCCGCGAGAAUCGGAGAGCAAAGAAGAGGAUAGCUCCAUGAUUGGGGACCGUGUGGAUGGUGGUCGGAAGGUGCGGGUGGAGAGUGGCUACUUCUCCCUGGAGAAGGCCAAGCAAGACCUGAGGGCUGAGGAGCAGCUGCCCCCGCCACUCUCCCCACCCAGUCCCAGCACCCCCCACAGCAGGUACAGUUGCCCUGAAUCACCUUUGCAGGAACUCGGCCGCCCCCUUCACUCCCCAGGUACUCGAGCCCCCAGCCGUAUGGUCUACAGUGUCUCCCUCAACAACCUUGGUGAGGCUGGCCAGCCCCCUGACCUCAUGGACUCCAGCAGUGCUGGGGGGCGGGGAACAGAGAGACUGGGGAGCACCUUUGCUGUUAAAGCCAGCAGGCAAUAUGCUGCCCUGGCCGACAUCCCUAAGGCCAUCCGGAUCAGCCACCGAGAAGCCUUCCAGGUGGAGAGAAGGCGGCUGGAGCGUAGGACUCGGGCCCGGAGCCCUGGAAGGGAAGAGGUGGCCCGUCUGUUUGGCAACGAAAGGAGGAGGUCCCAGGUAAUAGAGAAAUUUGAGGCCUUGGACAUUGAGAAAGCAGAGCACAUGGAAACCAGUGUGCCCACCAUUCCUGCCCCAUCUUGUGAUACUCGUCAAGGCCGCAGUGAGAAGCGGGCCAUCCCUAGGAAACGGGACUUCACCAGCGAAGCCCCCACAUCUCCUAUCGCAGAUGCCUCAGCCUGUCCCCUGUCUCCACACCGAAGAGCCAAGUCACUGGACAGGAGGUCCACGGAGUCCUCCAUGACGCCUGACCUGCUGAAUUUCAAGAAAGGCUGGCUGACCAAGCAGUACGAGGACAGCCAGUGGAAGAAGCACUGGUUUGUUUUGGCUGAUCAGAGCCUGAGAUACUACAGGGACUCCAUGGCUGAAGAGGCAGCUGACCUAGAUGGGGAAAUUGACUUGUCCACUUGUUACGAUGUCACAGAAUAUCCAGUCCAGAGAAAUUAUGGCUUCCAGAUACAUACUAAAGAGGGUGAGUUCACCCUGUCAGCCAUGACAUCUGGCAUCCGGCGGAACUGGAUCCAGACCAUCGUGAAACACGUGCAUCCAACCCCUGCCCCUGAUGUGACCAGCACAUUGCCUGAGGAAAAGAAUAAGAGUGGUUCUUCUUUUGAGACCUGCCCACGGCCAAAGGAGAAGCAAGAGGCUGAUCUAGGAGAGCCAGAUCCUGAGCAGAAGAGGAGCCGCGCUCGGGAGCGCAGGCGGGAAGGCCGCUCCAAGACCUUUGACUGGGCUGAAUUCCGCCCUAUCCAGCAGGCCCUGGCUCAGGAAAGGGCCAGCACCAUGGCGUCCCCUGAUAUUUGUGACCCUUGGUGUCCUGAAGCUGACCCAGGGGAGCUGGAGCGGGAACGUGCUCGACGACGAGAAGAGCGCCGCAAGCGCUUUGGGAUGCUGGAUGCUGUGGAUGGACCUGGUGCUGAGGAUGUAACCCUACACAUGGAAGUAGACCGCAGCCCGGGGCUGCCAGGGCCCGCUGACCUCAAGACACAGAAUGUCCACGUGGAAAUCGAGCAGCGGUGGCACCAGGUGGAGACCACUCCUCUCCGGGAGGAGAAGCAGGUCCCCAUUGCCCCCUUGCACCUGUCUUCCUCUGAGGAUGGAAGUGAGCGGCUCUCCACAAGUGAGCUCACCUCUCUGCUGGAGAAGGAGCUGGAGCAGAGUCAGAAGGAGGCCUCGGACCUUCUGGAGCAGAACCGGCUCCUGCAAGACCAGCUGAGGGUGGCCCUGGGCCGAGAGCAGAGUGCCCGGGAGGGCUACGUGCUGCAGACUGAAGUGGCCACCUCCCCAUCGGGUGCCUGGCAGAGGCUCCAUAGAGUCAACCAAGACCUCCAAAGUGAGCUGGAAGCCCAGUGCCAGCGGCAGGAGCUGAUCACGCAGCAGAUUCAGACCUUGAAACGUAGCUAUGGGGAGGCCAAGGAUGCGAUCCGGCACCAUGAGGCCGAGAUCCGGAGCCUGCAGGCGAGGCUCAGCAAUGCCACUGCAGAGCUGGCCAUCAAGGAGCAGGCUCUGGCCAAGCUCAAGGGCGAGCUGAAGCUGGAGCAGGGCAAAGUCCGCGAGCAACUGGAGGAAUGGCAGCACAGUGAGGCCGUGCUGAGUGGCCAGCUGAAGGCCAGUGAGCAGAAGCUCAAGAGUGCAGAGGCCCUGCUGCUGGAGAAGACACAGGAGCUGCGGGACUUGGAGACUCAACAGGCCCUGCAGCGCGACCGACAGAAGGAGGUGCAGCGGCUGCAGGAGCGCAUUGCUGAGCUCAGCCAGCAGCUGGGUGCCAGUGAGCAGGCUCAGCAUCUGAUGGAAGAGAAGCUGCAGAGGAACUACACGCUACUGCUGGAGAGCUGCGAGCAGGAGAAGCAGGCCCUGCUGCAGAACCUGAAGGAAGUGGAAGACAAGGCCAGUGCUUACGAGGACCAGCUCCAGGGCCAUGCACAGCAGGUAGGAGCCCUCCAGAAGGAGAAACUGAAUGCAACAUGUGAGAGCAGUGAGCAAGUGCAUCGACUAGAAGAGCAGCUAGAAGUCCGGGAAGCCAGCCUCCGCCAGCUUGCCCAGCACAUGCAGAGCCUCCGUGAUGAGCGGGACCUCGUCAAACAGCGUUUCCAGGAGCUGAUGGAGCGCAUGGCCACAUCCAGUGGAGAUGUGGCUGAGCUCCAGGAGAAGCUGAGGGGAAAAGAAACUGAUUACCAGAGCUUAGAGCACUUGCACCAUAAGGUCUCCAUCCAGCUGCAGAGUGUGUGCUCUCUGCUGAGAGAGAAGGAAGAAGAGCUGAAGCACAUUAAGGAUGCACACAAGCGAGUUCUGGAACAAAAAGACCAAGACCUCAAUGAAGCAUUGGUUAAGAUGGCUGCGUUGGGCAGCAGCUUAGAGGAAACAGAGAUUAAACUGCAAGCAAAAGAAGAGUUUCUAAGGAAGUUUACAAGUAGUUUUCCAAGGGUCACAGAUAAGCCUCAGAGUGCCCCAGAGGAAACAGAAGAGGACAGUAGCAUGUUGCCCUUGGGCCAACAGUUUCCAGCCAGCAAGGCACCUCCAGUCUUUCCCCACUCACAGUUGGAGGAUGAGGACAUGAUGGGCUCUGGCUUAGGAGAAGAAGGUGGUGACAGCAGCCCCAACAGAGAAGAGAACACUGUGUCCCCAAAGUCUGUGGAUAUGUCUGACAGGGAGGGGCAUCCACAGAGCACAACUAAACCAGACCAGGGAGCAACUGGUGUUUUUAAAAGGCCGAGAAUCCGGUUCUCCACAAUUCAAUGCCAAAGGUACAUCCACCCUGAGGGGUGUGCGAAGGCCUGGACAAGUAGUACAUCAUCAGACACUAGCCAGGACCGCUCACCAUCAGAGGACAGCGGGUCCUCAGAGGCCACCCCCAGCACACUACCUGCUGCUGCAGAUUCUGAGACAUACCUCUCCAUAAUCCAUUCUCUGGAGACCAAGCUCUACAUCACAGAGGAGAAGCUCAAGGAUGUGACGCUGAGGCUGGAGAGCCAGCAGGGCCAGAGUCAAGAGGCACUGCUCGCCCUGCACCAGCAGUGGGCCGGCACCGAGGCACAGCUGCGAGAGCAGCUCAGAGCUAGCCUGUUGCAAGCCGGCGCGCUGGCCUCCCAGCUGGAGCAGGAAAGACAAGAGAGGGCUGCAAGCAUCGAGAACCAUGUUGGGGAGCUUGGGAACUUCCAGGCCAAAAAUAGCCAGGCCUUGAUAUGCUUAGAAAACUGCUGGGAACAGCUAAGGUCACUGCCGCGGGCCAGCCAGGAAGAUGGGCAGGAUGCAUGUGCAGCCUCCCUGGCCAGCAUAGAGAGUGUGCUCAUGAGUGGCAUUGAAGCCCUGAGACCCUGGGCAGCCUCUGCAGACAGCAUGACCCAGCCUGGGCGGGAGGAAGGGCACCCUGUGGAGACUGGCGUGGCAUCCUCUGUGCAGCUGUCCCUCCAGCCCACGUUGAAUGAGCAGGAACACAUGAAGCUGCUUUCUGCUCAGAUAGCCCUGGAGGCCUCACUCAUUGGCCAAAUAGCCGAUUCUCUAAAGAACACCACCUCAAAUGUGUCUCGUGUUCUCUGUGAGCUCACUCACUCUGGAGAGUGGCCACCAAAGGGAGAUGCUGGCAUCUCUGCUGAGACUCCAGCAGAGGCUUGGGCCAAGAAGGUGCUGAUAGAUGGUGAAUUUUGGGGCCAGGUUGAGUCUCUGAGUUCACACCUGGGGACACAGGGAGAAGCAGCAGCCUGUGUGUCAGGAGACAGGCAGCAGCAAUAUGUUCCUCAAGGUCUGGCUGAUGCCACAUGGGUUCGUGCAGAGCUCAGCUUUGCCACACAGUCAGUAAGGGAGUCGUUUCAUCACAGGCUGCAGAGCGUACAGGAGACCCUGCAGGGGACCCAAACAGCCCUGCAGCAGCACAAGUGCAUGCUGGGGAAAAUCUUGGGAGCCUACCAAACCCCAGACUUUGCAAGAGUCAUGCAGCAGGUCUUAGAAACCCUUGGACAUCCAGCAAGCAAGGAGGACCAGGGACAGACUUUGUGUCACCUGAGCCCAUUAGGAGAUAUGCUGAGGCCAGACACAGAUGGCUCCCAAGAACCCCUGUACACAUUGCAGAGCCCUGGAGCCCUUGCUGCCAUUCAGGAUGAGUUGGCCCGGCAGCUGCAGGAGAAGGCCAGCAUCCUUGAGGAGAUUGCAGCUGCCUUGCCAGCCCUGCCUCCCACAGAGCCACUCAAGAGUUGCCAAAGGCUUCUACAAAUGUCGCAGCAUCUCUCCUAUGAUGCUUGUCUGGCAGGCCUUGGUCAGUAUUCUUCAUUACUAGUUCAGGAUGCAAUUAUUCAGGCUCAAGUGUGCUACGCAGCCUGCAGAAUCCGACUGGAGUAUGAAAAGGAGCUUCAGUUCUAUAAAGAGGCCUGUCAGGAAGCCAGGGAGACCUCUUGCCAGAAGCAGGUGCAUACAAUUGGGGCCCUACGGGAGGAGUAUGAGGAGCUCCUCCACAAGCAGAAGAGUGAGUACCUGGAGGUGAUCACUCUCAUUGAAAGGGAAAAUGCUGAGCUCAAGGCCAAGGUGAGCCAGAUGGGCCAUCAGCAGAGGUGCCUAGAAGAAGCAGAAAGCAAACACAGCGAGAGUAUGUUCGCCCUGCAGGGCAGGUACGAGGAGGAGAUCAGGUGCAUGGUGGAGCAGCUGAGUCGCACCGAGAACACACUACAGGCUGAGCGCAGCCAGGUCCGGAGCCAGCUGGACGCCUCAGUCAAAGACAGGCAGGCCAUGGAGCUACAGCACAUGCAGCAGAUGCAGACACUGGAGGAUAGGUUCCAGCUGAAGGUCCGGGAGCUGCAGGCUGUCCACGGGGAGGAGCUGAGGGCACUGCAGGAGCACUAUGUGAGGAGCCUCCGGGGGGCCCUCAGCCUCUGCCAGCCCUCACAAUCCGAAGCCCUGUCAGCCCUUAGCCCCUGCAGGCCAUCCCAGCCCAGGGAUGUGCCGGUGGCUGAGGGUGAGGCCGAAUCCAUGAGCGGGCUACGAGAGCGCAUCCAGGAGCUGGAGGCUCAGAUGGAUCUCAUGCGUGAGGAGCUGGGCCACAAGGAGCUGGAGGGCGAUGCAGCCACCCUGCGGGAGAAGUACCAGCAGGACUUUGAGAGUCUCAAGGCUACAUGUGAGCGAGGCUUUGCCGCCAUGGAGGAGACACACCAGAAGAAGAUAGAGGACCUGCAGAGGCAGCACCAGCGGGAGCUAGAAAAGCUGCGGGAGGAGAAGGACCGCCUCCUGGCUGAGGAGACUGCUGCCACCAUCUCAGCUAUCGAAGCCAUGAAGAAUGCCCACCGGGAGGAGAUGGAGCGGGAGUUGGAGAAGAGCCAGCGAUCCCAGAUCAGCAGCAUCAACUCCGACAUUGAAGCCCUGAGGCGGCAAUACCUGGAGGAGCUGCAGUCAGUGCAGCGGGAGCUGGAGGUCCUCUCGGAACAGUACUCCCAGAAGUGCCUGGAGAACGCCCACCUGGCCCAGGCACUGGAGGCGGAGCGGCAGGCCCUGCGGCAAUGCCAGCGGGAAAACCAGGAGCUCAACGCCCACAACCAGGAGCUGAAUAACCGCCUGGCUGCGGAGAUCACACGGUUGCGGACGCUGCUGACUGGGGAUGGUGAUGGGGAGGCUGCUGGGUUGCCCCUCACGCAGGGCAAGGACGCCUACGAGUUAGAGGUCUUGUUGCGGGUCAAGGAAUCAGAAAUCCAGUACCUGAAACAGGAGAUCAGCUCUCUCAAGGACGAGCUCCAGACAGCACUUCGGGAUAAGAAAUAUGCAAGUGACAAGUACAAAGACAUCUACACGGAGCUCAGCAUCGCAAAGGCCAAAGCUGACUGUGAUAUAAGCAGGUUGAAAGAGCAGCUGAAAGCAGCCACAGAGGCACUGGGCGAGAAAUCCCCCGAGGGCACUGCCGUGUCAGGAUAUGACAUAAUGAAAUCUAAAAGCAACCCUGACUUCCUGAAAAAAGACAGAUCCUGUGUCACCCGGCAACUCAGAAACAUCAGGUCCAAGUCCGUAAUUGAGCAGGUCUCAUGGGAUAACUGACUCGCGUCUGCUUCCAGGUCCCCUGUUACAUAGAGUCUGAAGGAAGGCCUGACGGUGCAGGAACGCUUGAAGCUCUUUGAAUCCAGGGACUUGAAGAAAGACUAGCUGCGUCCUGUCCGCCCAACAUGCACCCCUUCCUGACUGGCGGCAGCACAACCUGAGUGUGGUUUUUCAUCUGCACCUUCGUUUUCUAUUGUCAUCGUUAACUGUGGGUAUGGAUGCAUGAGAGACUGGUGUGUGGGAUGUUCGCACUGUUUCCUGCCGUGUUGAUUCUGACUUGCCCAUUGUCUUUAUCACAGCUUUUUUCCAUAGUAUUCUGAAAUUAGUCAAGCUCAAGCAUCGGGGUAGGGAAGGCUGCUCCGCCCAGCAUCUGAGCAGACCUCUGUAUCCUAUCGCACUCACUGUCAGUAUUAAGGCACAGCAGCCUGUUGAUAAGCUAGCCCUGCCUCAGAGUGCACACUUGAGGACCUGCCUGCAGCUCCGCUCUGCUGCACAUGGCUGAGUGGCACCGGGUGGUUGCAGACCCAUACCGAUCAGAGCACAGCCACUGGCCAUUCUAGUCAGGCCUGGUUGCAGAAGGCGGGGUCUGGGGUGGUGUCGCAGCCUGCCCUCACUGCCUUUUGACCCAAGAGUAAGACAGCAUUUUGUACUUGUCACACUAAUGCAGCUUAGAGCCAUGCCCCAGAUAGUCCUGGCAAACCUUUCACAACCUGGAAAAUGUUGAAAGCAACCAUUCCUAUUUUUGUUUGUUUUUUUAUUAAAUCUUGCACAAAA